AGUCACGUAGAGUUGAUGAAAAUACAACAUGAUAUUCUGCGCUAAAGAUGGAUGUGCAAAAGUUCGUCAACUCUAAUGGGGAUCGAACCUACGACCCCUCAAGUGAGAUAUGGAAGAUGGGAGUUGUUUUAAAUGCGAUCGUCAUUUUCUUUUUCUUUUUCAAAAUUUCAUUUGUCAAAACAGACAGCGUAAAUGUAGCCAUAGAUCUUUCCAAACAUCAGCCGCACAUACUGUCGUACAAAAAACUCCCAAAUGCCGAGAGACUGGGGAGUCCGUUGAAGACGCUGAAAGUUCUGACCAAUACAAGAUGUGAGGCAACCUGCUCUGCAAUACCUGAUAUGUGCGACUCGUAUAAACUAAGACGAGUUAAUGAUGAUACAUUCAAAUACUCGUGUGAGCUAUUUGGCCCCUGCGUAGCACAACAGCCAACUAACUCGACAUCUCUUGACGUUGAUCAUUACGUAAGAGAAGGAUGUUAUUUGGAGUCUGGAUUGAUAUCGCCGGUCCCUGACUCGGCACUAUCUGCCUCUUCAAGAUUUAAUGUAGAUACGGACGCAGUUCGUUCGAGGCUGAAUGAUGUUGCAUGGGCUGCGGGUAUACGCAACACAAAUCAGUGGAUACAGGUGGACUUCGGUUCAACAAUGCGAGUGACGGGUGUUGGGACCAAAGGACGUCAUUCAAAUAUCGUCUAUUAA